CUCUGCCGCUUUUUUCUUUUUUCUUUUUUUAUUUUUCGGUAUGAUCAUCUGGUAUCCCGUAUACUUGCCCAACUAAUCCGGAUUAAUGUCGUGGUAGGCCAUUAAAGGGGAAGAUGCUCCACACUACGAAUUUCUCAUUUCUAAGACCCAAACGCGUAUUAAGGGUGGAAGAAUCUCAUCCAUGCCAAACAUCCCCUUGUUGGUGCCCUCCCUUACUAUAUAUACUGUAUGUUACUAUAGUUUACAAAACACUUCUCCAGAUAGCUCAUAUCAAACUCACAGGAAACAUGGCAGCAUCAAGGCUUGUAUCUUUUGCUGAAAAGAUUAUCAAGCCCUGUUCUCCAACCCCUCUCUCACUUAGACAUUACAAUCUUUCACUCAUUGAUCAGUUCAUGCUUCCAGUAUACAUGCCAAUUGUAGCCUUCUAUCCUUUCCCCUCUAAAAAUCCACAACAAAUAUCCAACAUUCUUGAAAAAUCACUAUCCAAAGUUUUGUCCUCUUAUUUUCCAUUUGCUGGAAGACUUAGAGAUAACACUUUCGUCGAUUGCAACGACAGGGGAGCGAAAUUCAUGAACGUUGAAUACGAUUGUCCAAUGUCUAAAGUUGUCAAUCUUCCUGACACUGGUCCUGAAUAUCUACCUUUUCCUAAAGAUUUGCCUUGGACUCGAACUCGAGACGAGGAAAGCUUACUUGUUAUUCAAUUGAGCCAUUUUAAUUGCGGAGGAUUAGCCAUAAGUGCUAGUAUAUCACACAAAAUUGCAGAUGGAUGCACACUUUGUAAUUUGAUUAGUGAUUGGGCAGCUAUAUCUCGUGAUGAGACUGCGAAAGUUCCGUCACCUCAAAUGAUCGGAUCAUCCAUUUUUUCGCCAUCCACGGAUAUUCACACGGACACGAUGAUCGAUGAAAUUGACAAUCAAUCGCUUAGUAGAAAAAGGUAUCUAUUUUCCAAUUCGAAACUGAAGUUGCUUAAGUCUCAAGUGGCAUCAGAAACAGGGGUGCAAAAUCCAACUCGGCUCGAAGUGUUGUCCGCACUAAUUUACAAGUGCGCUACAAGUGCAGCUCGUGCAAAUUCGAGCUCCUCUAAACCAUCCGUGUUGACACAAGUUGUGAAUUUACGCCCAAUAUUCGAUCCACCUCUACCAACACGGGCAAUCGGGAAUAUUUUUAGUAUUAUACCUGUGGCAACUAUGAGUGAAGAUGAAAUUUCAAUCGCCAGAGUGGUUUGCAAGCUAAGGAAAGCUAAAGAAGAACUCAAGAACGAGGACCAUGUGAAAGAAAACAAACUAGUGUCACUUAUGUCUAAGUGGCCAUCGAUGGCUAAUGAAAUUGAAUUGUAUAGAAGUAGCAGUGUGUGCAAUUACCCAUUGAAUAAUUUGGAUUUUGGAUGGGGAAGGCCUAGCAGGGUAACAAUCCCAGUAAUUGGACUUGGAAAUACGUUCUUUUUGAUGGAUAAUCAAAGUGGAGAUGGGAUUGAGGCAAUUGUUUCAUUGCCAGAAAAAGAUGUGCCUGAAUUUGAGAAAAGCAAGGAGCUAAUCGAGUUUGCUUCUCCUAUUACUGAUCUUAAUUAAAUAGGGCAACUCAUGACUUGCAUUUCUAUCUCCUAUAUGUGUACUUUUUAUUUUGAUUGGGUGAUGAAUUUUGAUGUGUCAUUGUUCACCAUGACGUUCUUAUAAUUUAUAAAUAUUGUUCUCUAUGAUAUAUAUUAAAUUGCUAUUAUCCCCGUAAA